AUGUUUCGGAGCCUGCUUUUCACCAUCUUGUGUGGAUUUGCAGCGGCCGAUACCAGUUCAAAAAUGGAUCAGCACUGGGAGCUGUGGAAGCAGACGCAUAACAAAGUAUAUUUUCACCAGAUUGAGGAGCUGGGUCGUCGACAGAUAUGGGAAGAAAACUUGGAAAUGAUUAACGUCCAUAACCUGGAAGCCUCUUUGGGUUUACACACCUACGAGUUGGCGAUGAACCACCUGGGAGACCUGACCACUGAGGAGAUCGCAGGAAGUCUCACAGGUACAGUUGUUCCAUCUGACCUGGACCGGAAUCCUUCAAACUUCAUCUGGGUCAACACCUCUCUACCAGAUUCACUGGACUGGAGGGACGCAGGUCUGGUAACUGAGGUCAAAAUACAGGGUAGUUGUGCCUCUUGUUGGGCCUUUAGUGCAGCCGGAGCUCUGGAGGGGCAAUUUAAGAAGACUUCAGGCACCUUGAGGUCCCUCAGUGCUCAGAAUCUUUUGGAUUGCGCCACAAAAUACGGCAGCAGCGGGUGCAAAGGGGGCUUCAUGACGCAAGCUUUCCAGUACGUCACUGAAAACCAUGGCGUUGACUCUGAUUCUUCUUACCCCUAUACAGGAAAGUAUGGUCACUGCCACUAUGAGCCACAGUAUCGGGCAGCUAACUGCUCAGGCUUUGUAUUCUUACAAGAUGGGGAUGAAGAUGCAUUGAAGGUGGCUUUGGCGAAUGUCGGGCCCAUCUCUGUUGCAAUUGAUGCUUCCAGCAGGAAGUUUGCCUUCUACCAUCAUGGUGUUUACCAGGAUGACUCCUGCAGCCACAACGUGACCCACGCAGUGCUGGCUGUUGGCUACGGCACAGAGAGAGGACAGGACUACUGGCUGCUCAAAAACAGUUGGGGUGUGAACUAUGGAGACGAAGGAUACGUUAAAAUGGUUCGAAACAGAUGGAGCCAGUGUGGCAUCGCUGACUACGCUUGUUUUCCCAUCAUAUGAUCAGAAGGUUCACAUUUUGGGAUG